UAGAAAUUUUUUCGCUCCGUUCUUCCCAAGUCGUGUGUUCCGACAUGCGGUACCAGCAGCUGCCUUGGUGAAAAAGUAAAAAUGUGACUGUGCUUCUAAAUGGGAAAGUAAAAUCCGUGAAUUCGCCAGAAAUACGAUCCAAAAUAGCAUGACUAUUACGUUAUUUUUUACAUCGUAACAACCAGCAACCAACAUCUAAUAGUCAUACUGAAAUAAAGCAUCAACAUCCGAGUUUUUCCAAUUCGAAAAAAGUGUAGUGCCGUCUAUACAUCUAAUCACUAGGAAGAGCUAUAACAACAUGGCUGACCAACAGGCAGUAAGUGCGCCAGAACAGCAGCCUCUACAGCAGCCACCUCCGCAACAGCAGCAAGUUCCGCUACAACAGCAGCAGCAGCAACCGGAACAACAGUCCCCGCCGAACAAUAAGGCAACAGCAGCGGCGGCGGCUGCUGUCCCACAGCAGCAAAAAGAAAUAAUAGCCACAAAGGUAACUGGUGUGGUCAAAUGGUUCAAUGUGAAAAGUGGAUAUGGUUUCAUCAAUCGUGGUGAUACGCAAGAAGAUGUGUUUGUUCAUCAAUCUGCGAUAGCCCGGAAUAACCCGAAAAAAGCCGUCCGUUCUGUUGGUGAUGGUGAAGUUGUAGAAUUUGACGUUGUCAUUGGCGAGAAAGGUAACGAAGCAGCAAAUGUAACCGGUCCUCAAGGUGAAGCGGUGAAGGGAAGUCCUUAUGCUGCUGAAAAACGUCGUGGGUAUCGUCAGUGGUGGCAGAAGCGUGGUCAGCGUCGUCCUGGUCCUCCAAGAUCAAAUGAAGAUCAAAAUGGAGACGGACAGUUGGAAGGACAACAACCACCGCAGCAACAGCAACAACAACAACAACAACAACAGCAGCAGCCACAGCAGCAGCCACAGCAGCAACAAAUGAAACAUCAACCACCACCCCCACAAAUGCGCCGUUUCCCGCCGCGCGGACGUGGUGGUUACUCCUCGUAUUAUCGAGGACCUCCAAUGAGAGGGCCUCGUCGCGACGGUCCACCAAUGAACGACAAUGGAAUGAUGGAUCAGAAUCAAAUGGAUGAUGGUCAAAAUGGGCAUCGUCAAGGUGGACGUGGUGGCCAAAGACGCUUUUUCCGUCGCAAUUAUCGCAAUGGAGGCCGUGCUAUGGGUGGUCCAGGAGGUCCUCCACGCCGAGGAGGAUAUCGUGGAGAUUAUCAAAACGAUUAUCAACAGAAUGGACCAGAACAACCACGCCGUAUGCCUCCGGGACGAGGUGGUGGACGCCCCCGCUAUCCGCGUCGUGGACCACGAAAUUCUCAAAGACCGAGAAGCGAUGGUGGAACUGGUGGCAACAAUAAUGCUGUCCAAAAUACCACCACAGAAAGCUCUGCCUGAACAUCAAGUAUGUGAGCAAGCAAAAGAAGAAAAAGAAAGCGCAGAAUGGUAACUAAGAACAACAUUAUAACAUCACCUACACAUAACAAACAUCCAACAGCUGGUCAACAUUUCAACAUACCUACAUUCUCCAGUUGGCCACGCGAAUGUGUAUAGAUUGUCUCUUGGGAUGUAGUCUCUCUGUUUUGAAGCGGAAAGAAGAAGCAACCUGUAGAAUAUAGAACAGUAAAAAAUCCUAUACUAUUUUAAAAGUAACUAUUCAAUUCACAACCAAAUUGAAUAUUGGAUCGUGUUGUAUAGCGGGAAAAUGUUAAAAUUUUGAAUCGAAUCGGAAAAGCAAAUGCAACCAUCAAAUGUCAAUGCAUAAGCAGCAGCUCGUUUGAAAGAGUAGUGCGGCGGAGCACAUCGGGUUAGGUCGGAAGUUACUAUUUUCGCUGGCUAGUCAGACGAUUCUCUAACAGUGCAAUUAACAGUGACGGGCAGCAUUUAAAACAGACUGUUGAUGAGUAUCUCCAUCCCACAACCAUCCACGAAUAACUUCGCAACCAACCAAAAAUGCACAGUCUCUGUGGAGGCCUCACAACAUCAUGGGGCUUUGAUGAUAUCCUUGGAGAAAGAUUCGACGUUUCCGUCUCACAUCCAUCACACCGUUAGUAGUACCGUUUCACUCAGGCCACGGUAGUCGAACGACUGAAACAUCCCCGUACAAUGUUUAUAUCACUCUGUAUUGUUUUUUCGUAUCGUUUUCUAAAUUUGAAACACAUGUUUUUGUUGUAUCGGACCUGCAAAGUUCGAGUGAUUAGGAAACGUUUUUUUACUACCGUCAAGUUAACAAAAUUGGUUCAAUUAUAAUAGAUGAAAAUAUCGAAAUAACCAAUAUUCGGUUUGGUUCAAAAUAAUAGCUCUUGAUUUGCAAAUGUUUAAAAAUGAUAGUAAUACCAGAAAGCAGAAGCAAGAAAUUUAUUAUACUAAAAGUAUACAAUAUUCAAACGAAAUUAAAAAUCUUAUUACACUGCAAAAGUAGAGAAAAAUGUUAAAGUAAGGUACACAUAAUCCAGCAGGAAAAGAAAAAGAGAGAAUCGAGACAUCGGAAAAGAAACUAUGAUGGUCACAAAAAGACUAGAUCUUUUACGUCAAUUUAGGUCUCGUUUACUUUUUCUUCUCGCGCUUUUAUAUCGUUCGUGUUACUUUUUUUGUAUUUGUGUUUGCUUCACGAGAUAGUUACGAGCAAGAUAUUUUUAGUAUUUGAAACAGGCGCUCUAAAUGCGUCCCAUCUUUUGUUUUAGGCUAAAAAUUCUUGAUACCGCCACACAUAAUUACAUGUUUUUAUACCUUAUCAAUGCAUAGAAAGAAAAGCAUUUUAUAUCGAUGUUUUCGACGCGUAAAAUUUUAUUUUAAACAAUAUCUAACCCCUCUUUCAACCACAAGUAAUAUUCAUAACAAAUGCAAAAAAUGCGGAGAUAAAAUCCUUAAAACAGCACUGAAUGAACUUGUCGAUCAGUCACAACAUCAAGUGAGUGAAAUAACAAUUGACAUGAUUGAAGGAAUGAAAUGAAUUACAACCAGUUAUAUAAAACCAAGCUAUAAUCAGUAAGGAUUGAUAAAAGUAAACUACCUAAAUAAGAAAGAAAACUUGUACUAGUAAUAGAGAUAAAACACGUUUGAUUGCUACAUGGUGAGGAAAAAGAAUACAUAAGAAAUAAGAAUACAAUUCAGGUUAAUGCUGAGGGCACAUUCACGAGAAUAAGAAGAACUAAACACAAGAGACAAACCAUCUGCCGCGAACAUGAACUCGCUAUUUUGUCAUCAGAAAAACAUAAUCUACUGUAAUUGAUUUAUGGAAACAUUAAAAAAAUGGAUUAAAUCUGCAAAAAAAUUGAAAAAACUGA